AUGCCUCUCACGAGCAAGAUAAAUUUAGAAGUUGGGGCCCGAACCUGGCGAUUCAACUCAGGGGAUCCUAUCUCAGGCGAGAUACCGAAGAGGGGUGGCUAUUUCGAAACCGUACCGCGUGCUGGACGGACCAAGUCGAAAGCUUCCUCAACUGUUUCUUCGGCUGCUUGUUCAACGCAGCCUGAACUCAAAGCUGAGCCGCCGGUCGAAGUUGCACUUCCAGAACCGGGUCCGUCUGAAGAAGCUGUCAGGAUUGAACUCGAAAAACGGAUCCUCGCUGAAGAGAAAUUGAAAAUCGAAGAGAUGAACCGCCAAGCCCAACAAACCCUUGAGCACGCCGAAAUGAUAAGACAACAAGUCACAGAAGCGCAAGAACUCAAUGCCAUGGCAGCUGAAAAGGAAGCUCAGCAGAGACUUGCACAUCAGCAGGCGAUUGAGGAAGAAAAACAACAAAUGCGCUUCGAGGCUGAUCGGAAACUGCAGGAGUUACGCGAAGAGGCGGCUGUAGUUAAGCAAAAGUACGAGGCAGAGCUGGCUCUUUGGAAAGAGCGCCAAGAACGCACGUUAGUAUUAGAGAGCGAGGCCGAAGCAAGAGCCAAGGCGCGAGAGGCUGCAGAAGAAGCCAGAGCCCAGCGCGAACGUGAGCUUAUCCAAGAGCGCACCGAUGUCUUGGAACGAUUGAAGCAAGAAGCGAUUGAAGAUUACAAACGGACGCACGAAGAGCUCAGACGCGCUCAAGAACAACAACUGCGCAAAGAGUUGGAAGACGCAAGGCAAAAGAUUCUAGAAGAAAGCGCUGCCCGGAAAGCUUCUCUUGAAGCAGAAAGAGAGGCCACGCUCCUGAAAGUGAAGGAAGAAGCCCAGCUUGAAUAUCAGAAACAACUCGAUUCUCAUCUUCAACUUGGAAAAGAAACUGCCGAGGCACUGAAAGAAGCCUCAGCCAAAGCAGCCGAAGAAUUCAAAGCACAAUCGCAAGAAGCCAUCAAGAACCUGCGUAGUAUUGCCAUUUCCAGCUGCCCGCGCUCUGAAAGAUCAGCUCCUCAAAAAUCAUCCGCCGGUAAAACUUCGUCUCCCAAUCCAACCUUGGAUUCCAAAACAUCGGCUUCCAAUAAGGUCCGACGCGACAGGCCUGCAGAUCCACAAGUUCAACGAAGCUCGUCCGAGGAGGAAAACCUCAAAAAACGGGAAGCUAUGCGUCAAAGAUUACUGAUGGGAGUCUUUACCCCCAACGCCCAUCGGGUUCACGAGUGGGGUCUUCGAUCAGCUCCUGCGCCUUUUCCCGUCGCUGCGCCUUCGCCAUCAACAUGGGGAUCGCCUUCGAACCGGCAGCGUGCAAAUUCCGUGGGACAGGUGAACUUGAGCACUCCGUUCAUUCCAGGCUCGGCCCUGGUUUCCCAUCUCAACCCCCAGCAGAUUGCACCCUUGCGAGGUGGCUACAACCACGACCUAUAUUCUCGAUCAAACACCUUGCAUCCCUCACGUGCAGACCUCUACGGCAAUCAUUCAUCGGCACGAAUGCCGGCUAUUGUUCAUGCGUCGCCCGCACCAUCCGCUGUGCCCACCAAUAGCCAACGUGAUCAGUGGGGAGCUUCAAAUAACACACAUGAUAACUGGGGGGGCUCGACCAAGAAACAUGAUCCGAUUAAAAACGCUCAUCAAGUACUGAACAAAGAAGUCUACAAACGUGAGCAACCGUCCAAAGUUGAACAGCUACCUUUUCAAUAUACUGGCGGCUCGAAAGAACUCUAUUACCCUCAUAGUGAUUUCGCACUGCCUGUAACCACAAUGUCAACCAUACGCGGAUACACAGUCGCCGCUGUCUAUGGCUUUGUGAGUGGGGUGGCAAUCAGAAACUCCACGAAGGAGCUGAAUGAGAACACACUCGCGGAGGAACGGGAACGAGCGACCUUGGCUAUGUGGCAGCAGGCUGAACGGAUUAAGGGCGCUAAUUUUGUGCUUGGUCUCAAAUUUCAAAAUAACCCCCUCUCUAUUUCGUUGACCGAGAUUGUAGCUUUGGGAACAGCUGUUCGUAUGGAGGCUUCUGGUCCGAACAUAGUACCUAAUCCUGAUGACCAAAACGCAAAGCCCAAUGCAUUGCCUUCAAAUAAAGCGGGAAAAGGUACAAAGGGUACAGGAGUGCCAGCGGGAGGACCCCAAAAUGCGAAAAAUAAGAACAACGGCAAACGACCCGAUGGGCGCACAGUUCAAGCAAGCGAGGACUCGGUGGGCAAUGGUGGCUGGGAUCAACCGGUCGUCCAGGCUCAAACCAGCGAUCCAGUAGACGAAAGUGCUGAAAAUUCUCAAAACGAAUGGGGAGGAGGUUGGGAAGCAGAAAGCGGGCAGAAGAAAAAUGGGAAAAAGGAGGACCAGCAAUCCGGAUGGUCAACAGGGUGGGAUGCAAAAACCGACGAUGCGCAAAAAACGAAAAAGGGGAAAAAUCAGAACCAAGGUCCGAAAAACGAGCCUGCGGCUGAUCCAUCAACGGGAUGGGGGGGCGACUGGAAUCAGACAUCUGAAGGACAGGACGACAAUGAUAAUGAGGUCACCAACUCGGAUAGUUGGGGAGGUGGGCAUGUGACUCAAAAAGGUCAGAAUGGUAACAAAGCUAACAAGGGUGCAGGAGGUCAAUCUCAGAAGAAGGGAAAGCAAACUCGAGAUAGUUCCGAGAAACAGACUUCGGCUCCGGCUGACAAUCCGACGAAGCAGGGUAAGCAACAGACAAAUUCUCAGAACCAACUCGACAAACCAACUAGGUUUGCACCCGAUGAUUAUGAUCCGAGUACAGGGGCUCAGUUUCAAGUCGGCUACGGCCGUAUGAAUCCGGGUCCCAAUCACAUGGCCUCGUCCCUAUCCCCGAACCUGCCGGUUGUAAAUUCCAGCCAGCCUUGGCCGCACGCAGGCCCUCCGGGGCAUGGCUACGGCGACCCGCGGGCCAUGUACCACUAUCGACCAGGUCCUGGCUAUGAGCAAGACUAUUGGAACCGACGUGGCCCGGGAUUUGAUUUCCAUCCAAUGUAUCACCACUACCCUCCUUUGCCUAUGCCCGCAACUGUCCCAUCACCGCAAUAUCCAUACGGAAGCAGUCAACGGCCCCCAAUGCAGCUAGAAUGGCGCGAAGGCGACAGUGGACACGGUUACCAGACUCGGGCUAAUGUAAGAGAUCAAAACCACGACGGCGAUCAUCAUGCUUCAAAAAGUCCGAAUAAACCCAGCAGCAAUGGAUGGAACUCAGCCGCCCAACCCAAAACCGACCACAAUGCAGGGUGGGACAGCUCCAACAAACAGAACUCCAAAUCUUGGGGCGACUCAUCAAAUGGCGAAAAUCAAGCCUCUCAGACCAAUCUCAAUAAGAAUCCGAAUGCAAAGGGCAAGGGCAAGGCUCCAAAUCAAUCGUCGAAGAAAGCACCUCCUCCACCACAGGACAGCAAUUCAUGGGAUAACUGGGCGGGCAACGAAGGAUGCAGUAAUGAUGAUAAAAAUGAAGAUACAAAUGAUAAUCAAGAAUCGCAAGGUGGUUGGAAUACCAGCCAAGGCAAGAAGGAUGGUGGGAAGAGGGCUACAAAUUCAGCUAACCAACCACAAAAGGGUUCUCAGAACCAGAACGGCAAAUCGAAAUCUAGGAUGCGAUCCCCACCGCCAGCAUCAGCCUCAUCCUCGCCAGACAACGACGAAACUGAAGAUGGAGACGGGCUGGCAAUGGGAAUAUUUAAUUUGAUGUCCGCUAAUCAUUAUCACCCUCCUAAACUAUCCAAUUCAGUUUAUUCAUCUCUUCCUGUCCGCAUGCUCUUUUUUUUCUGGUUUACUUACGAACUGCACGCUUCUUCCUUCUUUUGCCUCCCCUUUUUAUAA